AUGUACAUUCCUCCGGAAGAGCAUUAUUUUUCCUAUGAGGAGAUUGAGGAAAUCAUGAGCCCGAUUACCGUAGCGCCGAAGUUGGCUGAAGAAAAGGGGAUGAAAGUUGUAAAAAGAGGACCGAUUGGAAGAGCUCUCAAGAACUUCUGGAAGGUUUUUGGCAUCUUCUCCUAUCUUCUAAUAGCUGCUACUAUCAUCGGUUUAAUCGGUUGGUGCUACUGGGUCCGCAAAAAAGCCGAGCAGAAACGCAGAAGAAUAGAAACCAACGGCAGAAUCGACUAUGAAAGCAUCAAUUCAGGAGACAACGAGGACGAUGACGACGAUGAUGAUGACUCAGAUUGGGAGACUGAAACCGAAACAACUGGCUUUUGGGGAGAAGAUGAGCCGGAUAUUGAAGGGGGCAUCGGAGACAUGAUGGAGCUGGCGGACACCUUUGGCGACAUCUUCGGGCGAGGAAAAGACAAGAAAAAGAAGAAAAAGGAAAAGAAGAAAAAGAAAAAGGACAAAAAGAAGAAAAAGAAAAAAGAUAAGAAAAAGAAGAAAAAAGACAAAAAGAAGAAGAAAAAACAGAAGAAGCAAAAGAAAGGCAAGAAGGGCAAAAAAGGCAAAAAGGGGAAGAAAGGCAAAAAGGGGAAGAAGGGCAAAAAAGGGAAGAAAGGCAAGAAAUCUAAAGGCGGGCGAAAACGAAGAUAG